AUGUCUGGUUUGAGCCGCCUGCUGCCAGCAACACGUGGAGCUGUUAUUCGCUCUACCCAAAGGAAUUCAUCGGGAGGAUUCUAUGGAUCACAUAACUUUGAUGGCUUCAAAAACACGAUGACAGGGUCGCUGAAAGAGGCUCACACAACCAAACAGACAUGGAAGAAGAUUUUCUUCUAUGCGUCGAUCCCUUGCUUGGCAAUGACAAUGUAUGCUGCCUAUAAGGAUCAUGCUCAUCACAUGUCACAUGAGCGUCCAGAAUAUGUUGCCUAUCCCUUCCUUAACGUCAGAAACAAGCCCUUCCCGUGGGGAGAUGGAAACCACUCAUUGUUUCAUAAUCCUCGAGAGCAAUAUGUACCAGGCGUUGGAUUCGAAGAAGAACGAGAAAAGCACUAG